AUGACAUCAGGCACUAUCGACCAGCAACCGCAGCAUGGGAAACGGAAACAGGCUUGUUUGGCAUGUCGUCGACGAAAGAAGCGUUGCGAUGGCAAUCGUCCCGCGUGUUCCGCAUGCAGUGGUUGGGACACUGAAUGUGUCUAUCCCGGCGCUCAGACAACAUUCGACUAUGGGUUUCCCACCCCCCAUAGUCUAGAGAGGGAGCUCGAGGCCCUGGUACAAAACCCAGCCUUUUGGGAUCCUAAGGCUUUGCCGGCCGCAUCCCCCCCCGUGCCUCUUACAGCCUUGAACUUUCCACAUGAGUUAUCUCCACCCCCCUUGGAUUUAAAUGUGGUGUCGUACGGCGCACGCCUGUCAGACACUGUUACACUGGUUGAGCCAUCCCGGUCAUCAUCACGCAGACUUUCCGGCUUGCAGUCGAGCCAGGUGCCACCGCAAGCCCAAAUCAUCCAGCUGACAAAUGAAUUCUUCGAGCGUCACCAUCCGUUCUUUGCUUGUAUUCACAAGGAAAAGUUUUUGAAUCGCCUUCGGGGCAAACAGAGCCCAGGACUAUCCACGCCGCUGGAGUGGGCCAUCGUAGCCACAGCCGCGAGGGUCAGUCGUGACGCGAACGUCUCUACUCAGGCGUACGUCUUUCUGCAAAAUGCUGUUGAAUCGCUCUCACUUGGCCCCCUCCUACAGGAGAACGUUUUGCAGGACUUGCAGGCAGCUGUCUGGUGUGUCUUUUCCCUCUACAGUUCUGGGGAGAUUACAAAAGCCGUUGUUCUAUUGGCACAAGCCUAUACACUAGCCUGCUUGCAUGGAUUGAACAGACUGGAUGACCCGACUCCCAAUAUUCCCCUUGCCAUGCAAUUCUCCCCAGUUGAAGAGGAAGAAUGCCGGUGCACACUGUGGGCUCUAUUUGUCCUUGAUAGGCACAUCAACUACUUAAUAGGUCGCCACUUUGUAAUUGAUGAUAGUUUGUGGUGUGUCAACUAUCCAUUGGACGACCGAUCUCUCCAGCACGGCAUACGCCCAGCAUCAGAAGCCUUCAAUCGGGACCUGGAAGCAAUAACAGCGGAAAAAUCCAAUGUCCCACUUGGGGUCACCUUGACUCGAUUAGUGUGCAAAACGCUUGUCAUUCUAGGCCGCAUCGCUGAACAUAAGAGCAUCAACCCCAUGCCAACUGGUGCCGGAAGCCAGCACCGCCUCGCUGAGUUUCACGAGCUCCAAUCCGCCCUUGCCUGUUUCUGGGUCAUCCUACCACCGUGCGUCCAUAACGUUGCGGAAGUCCCGGCCGAAAACGUGCUCCACAGCGUCUGGUUACUGAUCAUCCUCCACCAAUGCUCUACCGUGCUCUUCUACAUCACCGAGGCGGAGCGCCGCUCUGGGACCGUCGUUACAGCCAGCGAGCGAGACAAUUUCGCCUGCUCAUACAAGUCCGUUGACAAAGUCGUUAGCGCGCUGCGGACCAUCUCCGGUCUCGUGGUAAACCCAGCCUUAAACCCGAUGCUGGCGUCGGCAUAUUUUCUGUGUUGUCGGUUUAUUGUUAUGCAGGCGCGCUUGUCUCAGCAGCAGUCGUAUCGGCUAGAUCUGACUCUUGUUUUGAAAUUGCUUGAGCGAAUGGCGGAGGGACAGGUGCAGUUGCCUCUCAUUUAUAAAGAUAUUAUUGAUCAGGAAUUGGUGAGAGAGAUGCAGGGAGGAGGGGCUUAUCAGUCUUUACUGCGGACUGACUAUUGCUUUAUGCUUUAA